AUGGCGCCGCUGUCAAUUUCGCGGCUUUUGCUGUCGCGGAAAGGGUCGAAAACGAAUUCUUCCGUCGCCCCCCCUCUGGAUUCUCCGCAGCCGCUGACAGACAGUCGCCUGACCACCCAGCAGAGUGAUGCCAGUGCAGACCUCGCGGAUUUCGAGGCGGCGCUCUCUGCGAUUGAGGCCUCCGCGUUUUCGUCAAGCUCGCACGCCGCGGAUUACGCACCAGCCGGCGAAGUGGAGCCAUAUCUCUCUCCGAGCAAGUCGUCCGUGAUAAGGUGCGGCGUGCUUGCGUCCCCCCGCCUGUCAAGGCUGAGCAGCAGAUUAUUCAAAAGAGCGAGUUCGUCUGCAGAGUCGGUCGCGAACGCCGACCCGGCAUGCCCCAUCGCAUCUUCCAAGCGCGCCGACGCCGCCACCGGCCGCGCCAGUGGCUGCGACAAGGAAUCUGACGCGGCGAGCGGGAAAAACUCGUCGUGCGAGUCGUUGCCCUGCAGCGAGAAGUCCCCCUCCUUCACGGACUCCGUCGCACUCGCUACGCGCUCCGCCAUCAGGGCGGCUGUCCUGAAGUCGCGGGCGAUUCUCUCCAGUCCUUCAUCGCACUCUUCGGCGCGGAGCGAUCGGGCAGCCGAGGGACAGAUUCGUGAAGAGGAGACUGCAGCGGAAGACCCCUUUCUGGGCUCGUCCUGCCGAUGCGCUGCUCCAGUGACUCACGCGGGCGAUGCGAGUGCGCGAAGCGUCCAGCCUGCGGAGGAAGAGGUGAAACCGUCUGCGCCGCUGGACGCGCCGCCCUACGACGCAGCGUCUCUCGGUGCCGGGGAAAAGUCCAAAGCCCUGACUGUGUCCGCCGCCGAGAGCCACGCGUAUGCCACUAUAUCCUCAGCUCUACACCGAGACGUUGCAGGCGGGAAAAACAGAUCGAGUUUGGGAGCAGCAGGCGGUUUGGCUGUAGCUCUGUACGCCUGCAGACUAGGGGAAGCCUCCUCGCGGAAGACCUGCCACGGGCCUUCCGGCAGCACCAGUGCCCCUGAUGGAGAGCAAAGGGCUCGCAGCCCGCGGAGGCGCCCCGGAGACGGCAGCCAGGCGCGCGGGGGAGUCUCCGCGGACCGACGUGCCUUCCCCCACAGAUGCCAGCACCGACUCUGGGGGAGCAGCGCACUCUCUUCUGCGCGCAGCGAGUGGACUGCGCCGAUGAGCUCGGCUCGAAUGGAGAAAAGAAGCACUCCUCCUGUCGUCCCCAUUGCGUCUCCUCGGCUGAGACCGCCCAGCUACCCCCCCGCGUCCUUCGUCGCGCUGCGGCGAGCCCAGGAAACACCACGCGGCGACGCGGUGCCCGCCGCGCCGGCUGCUACCCAGUGCGUACCCCCCGCGGUCGCGGCCUCCAGCGCAGCAGCAGGGACCCGCGAGAUAGAAGCCGUCUCCAGCGAUGGACGCGGAAGUGACGCGGCGUCCAGCACCUCGUCGAUCGUGAUCUUUGAGAGCGAAGACUCGCUGGACAGCCCCACCGCCGUCGCGAGUCGCUGGUCGCAGCCGCGCACUGCCAGGGAUUCGCCGCUGUCUCUGGAGUUCUCCGAGGACGCAGACAUCCACGACGAGGCUGCGGCAGCGCCUGGGGAAGCUGACGAAGCAGAUGCGUUGCGCAGAGCCGCGAUGCUGGCGCCGCAAGCGGAGCUGGGCGGCCUGGCAGACGAACACGCGGAAGCGGAGCUCGAGUUGGUGAACGAGGCGGGAGAAGGUACCGAGGAAUUCCGCGAAGCGGCUGCGGUGGACCUGGACGAAUGCUACGGAGACUGCAGCUCUGACGGCGUGCCCCGUGAAGCCUUCCCAUUCGCACUCGACGACGCGGAAACACCUGGAGCUGCGCGGUCGGCUGGCGAACAAAUGCCGCAGGGCCAGGGCUGGGAGGAAGCAGAGGACUUGACCGAAGAAGUCGGCACGCGGCCAGUCGAGGCGGUGGCUCCAGAGGCCACCAGCGAGCCCAUAGGCGAGGAAAUCGCCGGAACAUGGCACGCAGAAGAACAAACUGAAGCGUGUGUCGAGGCGGAGGCGACGCCCGCCGUUGUCGCGGGCGCGCCUGCAACACGAUGCCCAGAGUGCUCGCUGUAUCUCCCGCAGGAUGAACUACAAGACCAUCUCUUCGCCCAUGCGCUUGAUGCGCUUCAGGCUCAGGCUGCAAGGCGAGAGCGGAGAACAAAGACCCGAGAGGUCUCAGAGACGUUCACUGCUUCAGUCGUCGCAGAGAGGCGGAUCCCGGAAAACGCGACUGCGGUGAGGGAGGCUGGUGCGUCGACGGAGGCAGGGCGGAGCACUCCAGGGAGCCGCUCUACCGACGCGAACCUGGACGCAGCCGCGGAGGCGGUGCGUUGCGAAAGCACCGCGCAGCCUCCCACCGCGCCAGAGACCACAACAGAGUUUUUGGAGACCCCGGCGGCGCCCCCCGCAUCUCCGGUGUCUGGCGCGGAGGAGGCGGCGGGAGAAACUCCGGAGGAGGCCGGGCUGUUGGAGCCCGAAGCGCUUCCAGACCGUGCUGCGCCGGUGUGGCAGACGCGCCAGAGAAGAAACGUGGAGGCGUCCGCUUCCAUGCGGCAGCGGAGCGUCGACGGGCCGGAUGAAGAGGGGGAGGACGAGAGAACCAGAAGCCUCGCGCCGACUUCCUCGGAGUCCUUGCCGCCGCUGGGAACCAGAAGCGCCUCGAGCCCGAGACAGCGCGUCCUUCAGAGAGCGCAGUCUCUCCGAGUGAGCGGCACGAGCUCUGUAGGCUCACGGUCCGCCACCGCGUCGAGGCUGGCGAGCUACCGUUCAACAGCUGCCGCGACAAGCGUCUCCCGCUCGACAGCGAGUCAAAGGCCGCGUGCGUCUUCCGGAGCGGACGCGCCAGUCACCUCGUCCCGACGCGCACAGACGCCCACGACGUGCUCCACGGCCGCCAGCACGCACCGCGGCGCCCACGCCUCCCUUUCCUCGGGAGCCGCCAGUGGCGGAGGCAGAGCCACUCCCAGCUACAUGGGCGCCACUGCGGCGUCGCGGUCUCGGCGGACGGCGGCGCGGACUGCCUCCCGCUUCGCGCCUUCAGACAACGAGAGUUCGUGGCACGCGCGCUCCGCUGAAGGCGCCGGGGAGUUGUCGCUGGACGAGAGCAGCCGACGCUCCUCCGACAGCGUGACCAGCCAGAGGGGGGGAGCGGGCGCGCUCUCCAGGUCCCGCCGGUCUGCCGCCGGCACGCGACGCCCAGGAACGGCCGUCGCCACCGGCGGCAGCAGCGCGUCGAGCGCCGGCGUGCGCCGUUUGACGGGCGCCGUGACGGCGCGCCAGAUGCUCACGAGUGACGAAUCCCGGGGGAGCGUAGCGCGAAGCAGCCAAACGCAUCGAUCGACUCUGUGUCACAGCAGCAGCGAAGAGAGCGUGCCGCGGAUCCGCAGCCUGACGCGCAGCACCCCCCACGCCGCUUCAACAGCUACGGUUUUAUACUCCGGCCUGGCGACGUCGCGGGGCACUGUCGGAUCUUUCUCCUACCGACGCGCCGCGGCGCGUCUGCAGGAGCAGCGGCGAGCCGCGUGCGCCGCGGCGGCCGUGAGACGCGCAGAGGCCGCCGCUGCCGCAGCCGCUGCGCUGGCGGGCGAACCGCCGGGGUCGGCAAGCCGGUCGCAGCCAUCAUCAGACGGUUACGAAGAUAUCAGCCGGUCUCAGUCCCCGCCCGCCAGGCCGAGCGUGCUUCGAAGCGCCUCGAUGCAGCUACCGCCGCCGGCGUUUAUGGGCUCGCGGCGAACGGCGGGGGUUGUGGGGUCUCCCGGCAGCAGGGGCGGCGUGCGCUUUGAGACGCAGGGGUCUUUGCCCGCCAUGUCGCUGUCGCUCCGCCGCGUAGCGAGCCCGGAGUCUUCGUCGGCGUCCCCGCGCAGUCGGCUCAGAGAUGCUCGCGAGACGCCCGAGGUCCCCACACUCACACUUUCCUCGCUGCAUCACAGCACCACGCCCCGGAAUCCUAGUCAGGUGCACACGCUGAGGUCCCUGGAGGCGGCCGGGCAGCAGCGUGUGGUGGCGUCGCCUCGCGAGCGUGCUUCGGCGGCGCCGAGCUCUGACGAGGCGGACUCGGAGCAGCGGACGUACAGGGCCGCUUCGGCGCGCGGGCCGUGCGCGGGAAGAAGCUACGCUGUCGUCGAGGCGGACGCAGGUAGCUCGACGGGGCGCUACUACGGCGCGGGCGCGGUGCCCCUGAGCUCGGCGGCGAGCCGGCGGAGCGUGGGCGUGGCAGGAGCAAGCGAGGCCUCUGCACGAGGCUACGCAGGAGGCGCGCCGGCGCGGCCGCACCUGUCCACAAACACCUCGGGCUGGGUCCCCACCUGGGGACAGACGCUCAUUGACAUGGGGCUCGUGCCCUCUCGCGCGACGGUGGGGGCCCGCCCAGCGGCGUCGUCCUACCGUCGAGCGGAGCAAGACGAGGAACGGGCCGGUUUUGGGCGCAGCAUCGGGGCCGAGUCGGCAGAGCGGUCUCCUACGCUUUCAACCGCUGCGCCAGGCGCCGCGAGCCUCACGUCAGCAUCAACGGCGACGACGAUGUCGCCGCGUCGCGCGGCUAUGUCGCGCAGCACCAGCGUGACGUAUGGGUACCAGAACGCCAGGUCGAUGAUGGCAGCUAGUGCACGGUCCCCCGCGGACGCGCGCGAGACGCACUACCGGCAUCCCUACCGCUCCGCGACGUCGCACUAUCACAGCUACGGGGGCCUCGAAGACUACCAUCUCAGAGGCUCUGACCCCGGGGCGUCGUUCGGCGUCGGCGCGUCUGCAGGGACUGUCAGCAGGGGGUUUGCGCACGGCCCGAGCGCGGCGGCAGACGAGCUGGAGGGGCACAGGGGCUCCAUGACAGCGCGAGCGGCUGUGGCCAGGCCGGGGAGCUACUCCGCGGCGGGCACGCUAAACAGCGCGCGAGCCGCGAGCACAUCCCCCCACCUGAGCAGUUCGCGGCUGCCGCCGCGGGCCUCGACCUCAGCGCUCGGCGGGGGUGCAGCGGCGUAUGGCGGCGGAUACGCCCGCCAGGAGUGGCGCGGCUACGCUGGUGCCAGCUCUCUCAGCCGGAGCGAGGGAGGACAGUGGGCGGAGGCGCCUGCGGGUCCGCACGCCCACAGAUACGACAGACGCCAGCACUUCCAACAGCAAGAAGAAAUGGAUCCGCGAGCGGUGGAGGCGCAUCACCGGCGAAUGGAGGAGGAGGAGAACGAGAGAAGGGGACAAAUGCUGCAGGUCCUCAUUGAUCUCCUUCCCACAAGCGAGUUCAACCAAGAACGAAGCGCGAACUUGUCAGAAGAAGCAAAGAAAUGCAGCAUUUGCUUUGAAGAGUACGAGCACGGAGAGGAGCAGCGUCGUCUACCCUGCACCCACGUUUUCCACAAGAACUGCAUCGACAUGUGGCUGCGACGGAGCUUCGUGUGUCCGAUUUGCAAGCAUGAUCUUCGCUCGGCUUUUGAGUAA